UUGCUUAGCCUGGUGUCCAACAUUUCAAAUCUAAAGACAAAAAAAAAUAAAAUAAAAUAAAAAAUAAAAAUCGAAGUGUAUGUUUAGCUGGAAUAAAUGCAUCACAGUUUACUACAUUAUAAGGCUGAACAUCAUAAUUUCUCAAAAUUUUCCAAACUAGGGUUGGUGAUGGUAUGAAUCAAGCUGUCAAUUUAAUUGUUUCGAUUCAAUUUAUAGUAUUUGAUUUGGAGGAGUAGUUGUUGUGUAAUGGUAGUAUGGUACACAAUUAAUAAAGAUCUGAAUCUGAUGAAGAAAUUCAUCAUCAAUGCAUGGCCCUUGUCUCCGUCAUCAUUCUCUAUCUUCCAAUUGAUGCACUGCCAUGAUUUUAUGUUGAACUUUAAUUAAGUAUGGCUAAACCGAUUGAGUCAUCACACUUUUUUAUUUUUAAAGAAGAAGAAGCAGCUAGAGGUUGAGCUGAAGAAUCCAGAAGAAGAGAUCCAGAAGACGAAGAAGAAGAUCCAAAUAUUCUUUUCUCUUUGCUUUAAUUUUCUCUCAUUCUUUUUAAGUUAUGAACUAGCUCUUAUUAUAUUUUACCUGUGUUGGUCUUCUUUCUCUUGAAGUGUUCUUGAACAAACUCAUCAUCAUCAUCAUCAUCAUCAACAUCUUUGUUAUUCUCAACAUCAUACUCCUUAUAAUAAGCUACCCUUAAAGUAUUGGUAUCAUAUACUUUGACUUCAAAACGAGACAUUCCAUUGUAGUCAAAAGUCAACAACCACUCGUAACUCAAACCACACAACUCCACAACCUUUUCCCAACUUUGUUCCAACCAAAUAUUUUCUCCUCUUUUGGUCCAAUUCACUUUCCUCUCAACACCAUAAGGUAACACCAACUUUAUAGGGUUUGACAUUCUUUUCCAAUAUUCAUUUGCACAUUUAGGAACCAUCUAUAACAAUAAAAUAAAAAUAAACAUAGUUAAUAACUAUAUAUGUCACAAUUCACAUACAUAGGAGAUAAUUAAUUGGAAUCUAUUUCUUAUCAGUUAUGCCACAUACAUUUUUUAGCUUCUUCCUUUUAACAAAAAUUAACAUAUGAGAGAAAAAGAAUGAGAGAAAAUUAAAGCAAAGAGAAAAGAAGAUUUGGAUCUUCUUCUUCGUCUUCUGAUUCUUCAGCUCAACCUCUCGCUGCUUCUUCUUCUUCUUCUUCUUCAGCUCAACCUAGCUUCUUUUACUUCUUCUUUUUUACUACUUACAAUGACUUUAUAUGAAAGAGGUUUUUUUAAAAUUCUUGUUCAAAGCUUUCAGCAUGAGUUGAAAAUUCCUAAAGCUUUUGUGAAAGAAUAUUGGAGAGGAGUAUCAAAUCCUAUAGUGUUAAAGCUACCAAACACUCUUAAACAAAGAGUAUAUUGGAUUCAAAAGAAUGAAGAUGAAAUUUGGUUGGAAGAAGGUUGGGAACAAGUUGUGAAAGAUUUUGGCUUAGAACAUUCUCAAUUUUUGACUUUUGACUAUAAAAGACGGUCUUGCUUUGAAGUCAAAAUAUAUCCUAUGAAUGAUUCUGAGAUAAUGCCUCCUCAUCAUCAAAUAUGUUUCUUUCAGGUUCUUGUUCACAACAAGUUUCACCAAAAGCUGAUGGUUCCUAAAGGUGCAAAUGAAUAUUGGAAAAGAAUCUCAAACCCUAUAAAGUUGGUGUUACCUUAUGGUGUUGAAAGGAAAGUGAAUUGGACCAAAAGAGGAGAAAAUAUUUGGUUGGAACAAGGUUGGAAAAAGGUUGUGGAGUUGUGUGGUUUGAGUUACGAGUGGUUGUUGACUUUUGACUACAAUGGAAUGUCUCGUUUUGAAGUCAAAGUAUAUGAUACCACUACUUUAAGGGUAGCUUAUUAUAAGGAGUAUGAUGUUGAGAAUAACAAAGAUGUUGAUGAAACUGAGAACGAUGAUGAUGAUGAUGAUGAUGAUGAUGAUGAUGAUGAUGAUGAUGAGUUUGUUCAAGAACACUUCAAGAGAAAGAAGACCAACAAAGUUAAUGGGAGCAAUAGGAAUCCCAGUUUCAAGAUUCGAAUUCAAGAAUCAUAUGUUGGGUCAACAUGCGUGGCAAUACCAGCAACGUUUGAAAGGAAGCAUUUGGAGGAAGGACCGAUUCGCAUGAUUGUGGGUAAUAGAGCUUGGACUGUGUGCUACAAAACUUGGAGAGGAAGGGCCAGAUAUCGCAAACACAAAUUGCAAAGUGGGUGGCUCAGAUUUAGAAGAGAGAACAAUUUAGCGGUUGGUGAUGUUUGUGUCUUUGAGUUAACUAGCGAAUUUCCUCAGACAAUGAUUGUCAGAGUGCAGAGUGGAUGAUCUUUUUAUUUACGGAUUUACCCUUUUCUUGUUAAGUAUUUGGUGUGAUGGUUUAGUUUGUAAAUUGACAAUUCAAUCAAGUGGAUAAUUCUAGCUUUCUUUAGUUAUUGAGAAAAAUGUCUAGCUAACUACUCAAA